AUGUCCCGCGCCCUCUCCAAACAAGCCUCCUCCCAGCAAGCCCUCCAAUCCCACCAACACCAAUCCGCCGACCUCUCCCAAAACCACUACACCCGCGACACAGAAACAACCACGCACACCGCCCGCGCCGACGCCUCCGCCGGCCUCAACCUCAACAUCUUCGGCGCCCUCAGUGGUGCAUUCUCCUCCAAGAAGAAGAAAACUACGCACACGCAACCGGAUGGGGCUUCGCAUUCUGUAGAAGAGGGUGAGGAGCGCGGCGCCGCGCAGGGGUAUGCGGCGGGGCAGGGGACGGCGUAUGCGGAUGGGAGGCAGGUGGCGGAGUCGAAGCAGGAGAGGAGUAGGGAGGUUGGACAAGCGCGGCAGAAGAGGGUGGAGGAGAGUCAAGGGAAGGGGGAGAAGCAGGUGCGGAGGGUGGAUCAUUUGGGGAUUGAGGGGUGA